UUAGACAUGUCCCCAAAUGGCUUCCGUAUCGUGUUUGUUAGGAAAAAGCCGACUCAACGUGUUAUUUGUUUUUAGCUGGCUUGCUAGUUAGCUUGAGUUUCGUCCAGGGCUUUCUCGGAAAUAUCGUUCGAACAAUGGCUUCCGUUGAUACGGACGAAGUACCAGAUCCUGGUGGAACCCAAGAGGAACCAUCAAUUCUUCGCUGUAAAAAGUGCAGAAGAUGUGCUGUAGACUCAUCAUGUCUACUUGCGGCCUCAGAAGACCACAUGGCUAAAUGCACAGUGUGGCAUGUGAAUGUUGAUGCAUUGCCUGAUUGGAUUUUGUCAGUUAUUAAUCAGGUUCACUGGACGACAGGAAAACUGAACUGCCAGCACUGUGGAGCACGUCUCGGCGGUUUCAACUUUCUAAACUGUUCACGCUGCCCCUUUGGAGAAGACACAACCGUGCACCUCAAUAAAAGCCGUGUUGAUCAGGUUGUAAAGCAUCUGGUCUACUUGAGUAGACCAGGUACAGCUAGAGUACAGACAGGGCUUCAGGUUAAGCACAAAGUUUCAGAAGGUCAAGUAGAUAAAACCCCGAGCUGUGAGCUACAUCAAGUCACUCAUGUUGUAGGUCUAGAACCCGAACCCCAGAUAAGACAAACACAAGCAACUCAUUUCUAUAGUGAGCAGCCCGUCAUCUCUCUAUGCAGUCGUCCUAUUCCUUUGCCUCCCAUUUGUCCUGUACAUGAGGAAGUGAAUGAGGCAGCAGCUCAGGAUACCGACAGCCACACAUGGAUGUCAGCAACAGAGCUAUCGGAUCCUCUGCAAGACCAGGACAAUCAUACCGAUUCCUUUAGAUUGCCUACUCAAGACAUCAGACAAGUGAAUAUCAGUGAUGGUGUUACAGAGGAUACACAGGAUCAUAUUCGCUUCACCACUGUGCAGAUGUUGACCAAAAGGGAGAAGAAUCACUUAAAGAGCCUGAGGAGAAAGCAGAGGAAAAAAGAUCGCUGGAUUCAGAGGCAGCUUGAAGAGAAGAGGGUGAAUCUGCUAAGCAGUGAUGAUGAGGAGAAGGAAGGCAUGCUGUGUGCUGUUUGUCUGGACGUAUACUACAAGCCGUACAUGUGUCAACCCUGCAGUCAUGUGUUCUGUGAGCCCUGCCUGAGGACGCUGGCAAAGAGCCGGGCUAGCAGCACACCAUGUCCCCUCUGCAGAACUCUCAUCUCGCAUGUGAUCUUCCAGGAAGGGCUUCACCAACACACUAAGACCCACUUCCAAAAAGAAUACCGGUUGAGAGACGAGACUUUCCAGAAGACCAACUAUUCUAAAUGGCCCCUGCCCAGCUGCACGAAGCAUUUUCGCAUUUUAUGGGGACUACACAGACCCUCAGCUGAUCAGUUGCAGUUCCCUCUCAGAGCACUGGGACUGAACAGAUUGGGAGUGGACGUUAUUAGGGGCUGGACGUUUUACUCUGAUAUGAUCACCUCUUUGAACUGGGUGCUUCCCUCCUUUAUCAUCUUGUGUGGCCUUUUCUACAUCCUCCUCUGGUGAUAUGAUGAGAACUCGAGCAUGCCAGAGAUGUAUAAAGCAAAGUUGUGGAUACAUAUGAUAACUGUACACAUUAUGUACAGUUUUUAGAGUAAAAAAAAAAAGUAUUUAUUUUUAAUGAUAGAUAUUUAUAUAUAUUUUCCAGGUCAUUUUGAGCAGAGAGAAACAAAAAUGAUAAUAAAAGUGUUAAUAAAGAAAAAAAAAUACACUCUUCAAUCUUACCUUUUAUUUGCACAUCCAGUUCCCAAUUCGGCAAUUUCCCAGCAUGGGAAGUGACCUUGGAGUUUAUAUUACCUAUAUGAAGAUAGGAUGGCAUGUAUUUGAUGGCAUGUAAUUUUGCAUUGCAUUUGACCAUUUAUUGUAUUUAAGUUUGUCCAUUCAUUUUCAGUAACUGAUUUUUUUCUGAUCAGGGUCAUGGUGAAUCCAGAGCCUGUCCCACAAAACUGUAUGCAAGGUGAAUCAAUUUGUGUAAAUCAACAUUUGUAUUGUAUUUUGCAGAUGGCAAGUUGACAACCAUGUUAAAAAAAAAUCAACAUAAAAUAU